AUUACAUGUUAUCCUUUAACUGAAGCGCUUUUGUAGAUUGAAAAAGUCAGACAGACAGUGAGUUCUACUACAGUAACGCCUGUUAAAGCCAGAUAACUUUGAAAUUUGCGAUAUAAAGUACAUCUGAACCGCAUGCGCCGUGUGUUUGAAGAUUUAUUGAGCUGUACAAAUGCAUUCCCAGCGAAUCCCGCCCCACCAACACCCCAUAAACACCCCCCUCUGUCGUGGACAGUAAUGGACUCGUCCGAUUUAUUGGAGUUGGCACCAGGAGGAGAUUGGUUAGCUUAAAAUCGUUAUAACACUGUUGGUCAACGUCGUAUACCGUCUGUGUACGUGUCGGUGAUGGACCCUUCCCGCGGGUUAUAAUGGUCGCAUCGUGUCGCACCUACCAGUUCUCGGUCACACGGGGAAGCAUAAAGAGACGCGUUGUGAUAAGACCGAAUGUCAUGACCCUGGGAAGUUUUUAGGGUGGGGAGAAUCGGCUGUAGUACUACUGGCUCGCGCGUGACACAGAGCAGCGGAGGUUGUACUCCGACAGUUGACUCGGUUUGCCGCGAGGUCCCGAGUCAAACCGAGUGAUCGUUUGCACGCCGAGCGCCGUAACUUCUGAGCGCAAGCCACCGACGCGCGCAAGGCCAGGUUAUCUGAGAGCAUCUCCAAAAAGGAUUGGACCUGGAAGUUUGAGGUUACAUAUAUAUAUGGAUUUUUGAGUGAGCAUAUCUAUAAGCGGAUGUGACACAGUGACUUUAGAACGCCCGGCUGGCCUGUCCCCCCGAGCUCACCCCAACGGGACCGAUGGAGAUAUGGGGGAUACCUUAAUGAGAAGUGACCUCAACUCGACAGGAUUUGGAGAAGAUACCCACAUUACUACAGCUUAUUCCAGGAUGCCUACGCCGUCGUCGACUUUGCUCAACAAUAACAACAACAACAGUCUUAAUUACAACAACAACAAGAACCAUAACAACAACAACAGUAUGCCGACGCCUAAAUUGACUGUGUCGAACUCCACACGUGGUGUGAAGGCUUGUUCAGGAUGCGGUGAUGAAAUCCUUGAUCGCUAUUUGCUACACGCUCUCGAACGAUACUGGCAUACUAACUGCUUAAAGUGCUCCUGUUGUAACGCCCACCUAGGAGAAAUAGGAUCAUCGUGCUUUACGAAAAACGGACUGAUUCUGUGUAAAAACGACUACAUAAGAUUGUUCGGUUCUGGCGGAAGCUGCAGCUCGUGUGGCCAGACGAUUCCAGCCAGCGAGUUUGUGAUGAAGGCUCAAGGGAACGUUUACCACCAGAAAUGUUUCACCUGUGUGGUCUGUCAGUGUCAGCUCGUGCCAGGUGACCGGUACAGCAUCCUUAACGGCAGUCUCGUGUGUGAGCAGGACUACCCCAAAGUCUUGAAAGGUCACGUGCCCUUACCCAACAGACCUGCGCACAAGGUGUGUUGAAUCUGAACUGUAAACAUUUCAAGAUGGCUGUCGAGUGCUGACGAACAAGAUUGCUGGUGUUACGCAACAGAUGGAAAAAUGCGGAGCUAAACGACGUAAAAUCCAAGGUGCACUUUUUGGACUUUGUCUGAGUGAAGCAGUGGAUUUGUUGUACAGAACUUCUUAACUAUUUGUGACACGAUAAGCAGAAGUGCCUGUCACGGUUGUUAUGAAAAUUAAUUUACGUGCGCUUUGUUUUCAACAUGUUUUAUUUCUUGAAUAAGUAAUUUUAAACUAUGCGUAUCGCCCACUCCCCAAUGGGGUUCCAUGUCUUAAAUGCAGUUUUAUUUACAAAUUUCAUUGACACUUUGUAUUCCAUCACUCAGUGGAAUUGAAUAUAUUUAUCCAGUUCAAAAUAAGUUAUAUUCCAUUUAUGUCAUUUAAAUUUCCCGUUGCUGUUUUGACGUUUAUCAAAUCUGGGUGUAAUUUAAUUGUAAAAAUGUGUAAAAACUUUUGCAACAAUGCUGUAAGUGUUUGUCGCAAAAAAGUUAUUUUCAUACUAUCAUGCAUUUGUGGAGACGACCAGCAGCUGUAUGUGUUAUCAUUUCUACUUCGCCAGUGUACAUAUUACCCAUGUAUUACUAGUAUAUCACACGUUUGCAUACAGCAACCAGUUGGAGAAUCAAGUACAAAGCGAACAAAAUCAGACAACCGAAGAAAACGUGUGUUUGUCCGCACAUGGGAUUUUCAGUGGUUGGUUAUUUGGAAUGAUCGAUGCAGCGAGUUCUCUUUCAUGGGUUGUGCUAUGAGUCCCAUCACGCUAUGCGGAGUGUCUUAAUCUUCAUUUAUUUUUAAUCAAUGCUUAUCGUGCGUUGCCUGAUCGGUAUACCUACGCUCGGUGUUAUCAAACGUUGGUUUGA